AUGAAGUCGUCCCUGCACCCCACUAUCCAGGAUUCCAUUCUUCAGGCGAUACGCCACCCGCAAUUCAACGCCUCACUACCCCCUCUAUCUGACGAUACCUGGGCCAGACUACUAUCCCCGUCAAGCCAAGCGCGAGCUGAAAAUGAGCGUCUGGAAUUCCUGGGUGACGCUCUGAUGUAUGCUACAAUCGGACGCCAGCUAUACGGGCAGAUACCUGACGGUUCCCCUCAUCUAUACACUGCUCUCCGCGCGGCUCUGCAUUCCAAUGCCACUUUCUCUCAUCUUGCCGAAAGGCUGGAUAUCCUGGCAGUCAAUAGCUCGGUCUUAGAGGCUUUGACUUAUCGCACGUUCGGCGAGGGCACUUCGGCUCCUUCGAAAUCGAGAACUCAGAUCAAAGCCACUGCAGAUCUGUUUGAAACACUGAUCGGAGCGUACUACCUAGAUCGUGGAUUUGAAGCUCUCUGUGACUGGGUCCGCAAUCUCUAUACCCCUCUAAUUGUGACUGCAAAAGAAACAUUCUACAAAUGGCAAACAGCUACGGGCAGGAUGAAACGGCUCAGACGCAGUCCUAUCUCGGAUCGUGUGGCCAAAAGGUUCAGAGGAAAUAACAUACUGGAAGAAGAAAAGAAGUCCAUACGAAUUAACCAUGGAUUUAUUCCCUCUGUUUAUACGUCCGUGAGCAGCUCAGAUGUCAUGUCUGUUGGCGUCAGCUCCAAUGCAAUAUUGAUUCCGAACGCGGCGAAUAGCUCAACACCUAUUAUUGUCGGCGGUCUAUCAGGUCUAUCAGGGAGCUCCGGUCAAACACGCCACACAAAAUCUGCCUUCAAGCCGGUGGUCAUCGAUCUUACUGCUAGCCCUGAUUCCAAUGACGAUGAACGAUGUGUAUCCGCCAAAACUCCGGUCAGGAGUCGCAUCUCCCUUCCUCUUCCUCGCCGACGUCUGCCAUCCGGAAAUCAUACAGCACUGCCUACCGUUGUUCGCCGAGACCCCCCCAAAUACGUCGUUAUCGAUUCUGAUGAUCCGGAUGGUUCGACCUCAUCUGCUGAUGAAUACAUGCUGGAACGAAUGCUAAUAGUGGAUGACACAGAUGGCGAGGGCAGUAGGCUCACCGACGAAGAAUCGGAUAUGACAACGGACAAUGCGAAGGGGACCUAA